UGUAGAUAAAGAAAGCAGAAAGAACUUUGUAGAUGGGAAAAUUAAAAUGAUAAUUGUUCUUUUAAUUUCUGCUUUUGAUUCUUCACUGAGAGUGACAUUUUGAAAAUAGCUCAUGAAUCAUUUGUUUAAAUUGUGUGCAUGCAUGUGUAAUGGUGUGUGUGUGUGUGUGUGUGUGGUCUAAGAUAUUUAAAUGUUUCAAAUGGUGCAUGAUCAAGAAGGGGCAUAGCCAUCAGCAAAAAACAAAAGCGAGUUACUGUAUGGAGGUUUCUGGUCUAACAAUUGUCAGUACUUUUUCAGUGAAUAUAUUCUAAUAAUUUAAGAUAAUGUGUGGUAGAACUGAAGAGAAAACUUACUAACCUACGAUAUUAGUUUUUACAGAACAUUUAAAGAUUUACAUUACAAAGAAAUUAAGAAUUCCCUUUGGAAAAAAAAUUAUUCAAAUGUGAACAAUUCUGUUUGUACUCCGUGGAAUUCUCCUUUAACCUUGGCCACUCCUACACGCCUUUAGAUAAGAGUUGACCAGGGCAGUUGGAGUUUUGCCUUCCUGUUGCUCAUAUCUCUGGGGAAAGCAGAGGAAAGAAAACAGGCUGUGCUUAGGACAGUGACAGAAGAUGGAUCUCAAACGUCGUUGUCUGAAACUAAAUGAUGGCCAUUUCAUUCCUGUCCUGGGAUAUGGCACCUAUGCAUCAUCGGAGGCGCCUAAGGGUAAACCUGAGGAGGCAACCAAAUUAGCUAUUGAUGCUGGCUUUCGUCAUAUUGAUUCAGCUUAUGUGUAUGAUAAUGAAGAGGAAGUUGGACAAGCCAUCAGAAGCAAGAUUGCCGAUGGCAUUGUGAAAAGGGAAGACAUAUUCUACACUUCAAAGCUUUGGGCCACUUUCCUUCGACCAGAGUUGGUUCGGCCAGCCUUGGAAAAGUCACUGAAAAAGCUUCAGCUGGACUAUGUUGAUCUCUACAUUAUUCAUAACCCAAUGGCUCUCAAGCCCGGGGAGGAGAUACUACCAACAGAUGAACAUGGAAAAGUAAUGUUUGACACCGUGGAUCUCUGUGCCACAUGGGAGGCCCUGGAGAAGUGCAAGGAUGCAGGGUUGGUCAAGUCCAUUGGAGUGUCCAACUUUAACCGCAGGCAGCUGGAGAGGAUCCUGAAUAAGCCAGGGCUCAAGUAUAAGCCUGUCUGCAACCAGGUGGAAUGUCAUCCUUAUCUCAACCAGAGCAAACUUCUGGAUUUCUGCAAGUCAAAAGACAUUGUUCUGGUUGCCUACAGUGCUCUGGGAUCUACUCGAGAUAAAAGAUGGGUGGACCAGAGCUCCCCUGUUCUCUUGGAUGAUCCAGUUCUUGGUGCCCUGGCUAAAAAGCACAAGCGGACCCCAGCCCUGAUUGCCCUUCGCUACCAGCUUCAGCGUGGGGUCGUGGUCCUGGCCAAGAGUUGCAAUGAGAAGAGGAUCAAAGAGAACAUGCAGGUUUUUGAAUUCCAGUUGACUUCAGACGACAUGAAAGCCCUAGAUGGCCUAAACCGCAAUGUUCGCUAUUUUACUGCUGCGUAUGGUACUGGAAACCCUAAUUAUCCAUUUUCUGAAGAGUAUUAAAGAGGAGGGGUUUGUUGUGACUCCUUCCAGAAGACCCUGCAUGUGAAUAGGAUGCAGGAAACGUCUCAGAUGCUGGUGAUGAGAAAGAGCACCCCUGCUGGAAUCCAUGCAGCUUAGCAACGCACACUCAGCUGGAGUUGUGACAGUAGCUCAGCAAGGGA